CAUAAAUCCCCUGGCCAGAGAUUUGGCUGCAUCAGAGACCCCAGCACUGAUCUAUUGCUUCCCCAUCACCAUGGAGGCUUCUCUUGCCGCCUGCAUCCUCACUGCUCUCCUGGCGACGGGGGCCUGUCUGCAGUGUGUUUGCUUCGGCCUAGGAACCAGCUGCACGGGCGACCUGGAGGCCUGCGCCGCUGGGGAAGAUUCCUGUGGCAUCGCUGUGACAGCAUCCACAGUGGGAAUUAAGACCCAGAGCAUUCUCAAGGGCUGUAUGCCAUCGAGUCAAUGUAAAGCCAGCCCCUUCUCUGUGAAUUUUGGGACGGGAAUGAGAACACAGACAAGCUUUGCCUGCUGCAUGGGAGACUCCCGCAGAACAGCCACCGUCACAGUGCCCCCGGCCGACCCCAAACCCAGUGGCCGGCGCUGCCCAGCCAGCUUUGCUGUGUUUGCUGAUCAGUGCAGUGAGAAGACCAUACAGUGCACUGGAGACGAGACCCUAACAACUGGUGGAAAUCCGGUGCAGAUGGCGAUGGAGGGCUGCGCUUCCGAGUCCGUCUGCGGCCAGCUAAAAGUGGGUUCGUCGACCUUCGCAGGCAUCAGUGCAAGUCAAACCAGGGCCAAAUGCACAGCGGCCUCCGGCGCGGCGGAUGGGGCACCAGGGCCAGGCGAGCUCCUGCUGCUGCAGCUUCUCUCCUGA